UGAGGAGUGGAGUGUAGUCGCGGUGGCGGACGAAACUGAAGCCCCCUCGUCUCUGUCCAUGAGUAAAUUCACACAGCAGAUCCGAGCAGAGGAGCGCUCAGUGUGUGUAGGUUAGUCGGCGUUUCGGCGGAGCUCCCUCUCUCUCUUUCUUUCCCUCUCUCUCUCUCUCUCUCUCUGUGCCUCAGUCUGCAAAAGGAAAAGUGUUGAUCCCAAGGACGUUCACUGUACUCUAAUACAGCAGAGAAGCGCAAAACGGGGGGAAAUGAUGAACGCGAUCAGAGAUUAUUUUUCCCUCCUGCUGGUGGUGGCAGUGGUGACGGACAUGGACGCCAAAGGCACAGCAUCUGCCUCUGAGGACAGCAUAGGCUUGUCCAUCACCCGAGGGAGCCCUCCAGAGAGCGGGACCAGCCUGUACCCCACCACUCAGGAUACCGGCAGGAGGCUCCCCGUGGUCACCACCGCGCCCCCUCUUAAUAUCCCCAACCACCAUCCGCUCUACAGGAGUCCUCCCCAGCACCAGGCCCUGCUCAGCCCUCACAGUCAGCCACACUACCUGGAAGACAGCGGGGGUCUGGAUGCUCACACAACUUUGGCGGGCUCUAUCUCAAAUUCGCAGUUUGCCGGCACUCAGACUACGGUCUCCCAUGACAAUGCACCAGCAGCUUUUUCUACCCCGGCAUCCGGGACUCAACAGGAAGGCAAUGAGAAAGCUAAAACCCCUGAUAUGCAAAGCACUCCCGUCAUGCACACAUCAGCGCCCAGUCCUUACACCAGCACCCCGUACCCGGCCACGGCGGCAGGGCUGAGACACCCGGAGCGCCCCACGAUCACACCCUUGGCCGUUACCACCUUAUCGGAAAAAGACACUGAGAAGCCUGAUCACAUGGCGGACAGUGAAGGCAAACUGCCAUCUAUGUCUGCUGAUGUGGAAGAGGAGACGACCACCACCACCAUUACCACCACUACCAUCAUCACCACCAUGCAGAGCCCAGUUCCCUGCCAGCUGAACCUGACCGGGGCGGAGGGAUACAUUGAGGCGCCGCCGCAGGCCAGCUCCAGUUUCUCGUCCACCGUGGACUGCAGCUACACCGUCGCUGUGUACAUGGGCUAUGGUGUGGAGAUCCAGGUGAUGAAUGUGAACCUGUCGGAGGGUGACAAGGUGGUGUUUGAGGACCUCGGCAGCGGGGAGAACACCAUGCUGGCCAACGAGUCCAUCCUGAUGAGGGGCCUGGUUGUCCGAAGCCGCAGUAACCAGAUCACCAUCCGCUUCCACAGCCAGAAGUCUCAGGGCGGAUCAGUGCUGCUACGCUACCAAGCGUUUGUCCUGAGCUGCACCUUCCCCCAGCGGCCGGCAUACGGCGACGUCUCCGUGACCAGCCUGCACUCCGGAGGCGAGGCCUUCUUCUUCUGCCUGACCGGCUACCAGCUCCAGGGCCCCAACACGCUGACCUGCCGCAACGCCAGCACCCCCUAUUGGAGCGGCAAGGAGCCACAGUGUCUGGCUGCCUGUGGGGGUUUAAUAAAGAAUAUCACUGUUGGACGGAUUGUAUCCCCCGGUUUUCCCAGUAACUACAGCAACAACCUCACUUGCCAUUGGCUGCUGGAGGCACCAGAGGGCCAGAAGCUGCAUAUUCACUUUGAGAAAGUGGCGCUGGCUGAGGAUGACGAUCGGUUGCUAAUCAAGAACGGUAACAGCAUAGAUGCGCCUGCCCUGUACGAUUCCUAUGAGGUGGAGUAUCUGCCCAACGAGGGUCUGCUCAGCACCUCCAGGCAUCUGUUCAUUGAGCUGACAACAGACGCUGCAGGCACUUCCACUGGCGUUGCUCUCAGGUACCAAGCUUUUGCAGCAGGCCACUGCUAUGAGCCGUUCGUCAAGUAUGGAAACCUGACCAGCAGCGACAGCACAUGGGCGGUGGGAGCUGUGGUGGAGUUCUCCUGCGACCCGGGCUACACCCUCGAACAGGGAUCUGUCACGAUCGAAUGCAUGGACCCCAACAAUCCCCAGUGGAAUGAGACCGAGCCCGCCUGCAGAGCUGUUUGUAGUGGUGAGAUCACAGAUUCGGCUGGACUGGUGCUCUCUCCAAACUGGCCUGAAGCCUACGAUAAAGGGCAGGACUGUAUCUGGGGGAUUCAUGUUGAAGAGGACAAGCGGAUCAUGUUGGACAUUCAGGUGCUGAACGUUGGGAAGAACGACCUGCUGACCUUCUACGACGGAGACGACCUGACGGCCAAGGUGCUGGGUCAGUACGGAGGGUCACGACCCCGCUUCAAGCUCUACACCUCCACGGCCGACGUCACCAUCCAGUUCCAGUCUGACCCCGCCACCAACAUCUAUGGCUACGGCAACGGCUUCGUAGUCCACUUCUUCGAGGUUCCUCGAAAUGAUACCUGUCCGGAGCUUCCCGAGAUCUCCAACGGCUGGAAGAGCACGUCUCACCCGGAGCUGGUUCACGGCACGGUGGUGACCUACCAGUGUUACCCGGGUUAUCAGGUGGUGGGCGCCGAGCUCCUCAUGUGCCAGUGGGACCUCACCUGGAGCGGUGACCUGCCGAGCUGUGAGAGAGUGGUGUCUUGUGCCGACCCGGGGAAGGUGGAGAACAGCCGACGGGUUCUGACCAGUCCUCAUCUCACGGUGGGUUCGACCAUCCAGUACAUCUGCAACAAGGGCUUCACUCUGUCAGGCAACAGUCUGCUCACCUGCUACAACCACGGCUCCUCAGGCCCCAAGUGGAACCAGAAACUGCCCAGAUGCCUGCCGGAGACGUUUGAGCCCUGCAUUCACCCGGGGACCCCCACCUACGGUAUCCCCAGCUCCAACAAGCUCCUCUUCCAAGUUGGGGAGACCCUCCACUACUCCUGCCUGGCUGGCCACAUGCUGCUGGGGGAGCCUGUUCUCCACUGUGUCCCUGGACACCCGACCCAGUGGAGUAGCCUGCCACCUGUCUGCAGAGCCCACUCAACAGAUUACGACGAACACAGAUUAGACGUGGCUACUGCAGACUUAAGAAUGGAGGGGGCACACAUGGCUAUUGUUGUCUUCAUCCCCGUCACCCUCCUCCUCAUCCUCAUCUUUGGGAUCUACCUCUACUUCUCAAAGGUCCAGAGAAAACCUCUACGACUCCCGCUGUCCUCCACUUUACCUUACGACCACAUCACCGGAGAGUCUACCUUUGACAACUCCGUUUAUGAAACAACGAACAAUGAGGAGACAAGAGAAUAUGAGGUUUCAAUUUGAAGACACUGCUGUGUGUGUUUCAGCAUGGACAGACAGGAAGGCCGUUUGAACGUCCGUCACACUCAUCCCUCUGGUGACUCCCUCGGGUUCCUGACAUCUGCACCCUGUUCUCUGUAUACCGAACACGAGCCCCCCCUCUAUGAUCGACAGAGGACGUCACAACACCCCUGGACAGGCUGGGCCACUGGAUUAUUUUUCUAGCCCUUCAACAGCAAUGGUCCAGCAAACAGUUUGUACAGUUUUUAUUCCUGCGCUCGCAUCCCGAAGACUUUCAGUGCAACAUCUCAGAAAGCAGCGGAAAUCAUUGUGGAGCUUGUGCCAUUAAGUGCAUAUAACCCAGAUGUUAUGUUGUGUUAUGUACAUUAUACAUUAUAUGUCUCCUGCCACCACUGUAUUUAUGAGAUGUAUAUUAAGAGUAGGGUCUUAGAAUUAAACGUCAUAAAAACAGAAAACGUCGACCUCUCAAGCUGAAUGGGAGUGUGCCCAGAAAUAACAAUUUUGCUGACUUGAUGUAACCUCCUAAGAAAUCAGAAUGUGCCUUAACUAGAAGGCCCUUAAGAAGCAAUGUUAACAUAUAAUGAAUAUCAAUUGACAUACACCAGUAUAUCAUCCUCCCGUUUCCCAGUAUGCAGUACCCAAUUUCCCCGCAGGGAUCAUUAAAGUUUCAUCUUCUACGUAUCAAAUCCUGAUUUCACAUGUAAUGCGCAGAAAUAAACGCAAGACAAAGACAUUUUGAUUUCUUUUCUGUUUUCUGUUACAUUACCAAUACAGUUCAAACACUUUAUUGUGGCAUCCUGUGUUUCCUUUCUGUGAAUGAAAUGGAAAAUACAAACCCAGAUGAGCUGUUGCUCAUAUUGCCAUUGCCUGUUUGGAGAUUGCGUCUAAAUUUAGACCACUACUGUCGUUUAACAUUUGUCAUAUGAGAAUUAUGUAUUCAUGCAAGCCGGUGUGAUGACAAUGAUAAUUAACCUAUUUUUGAUUCAUUGUACAUAGUGUACUGAUUAAGCUACUUCACAAACAUCUUCAAUAAAAGUUAUUGUUCAGA